GUCUGGAAGUGUCGGGAUAUUUCCAACAUGGACAUGCAGGUUGUCACGGCUAAAAUACUGUCUGAGUGGAAGAGCCAUGAGAGCAGUUUUGGAGAAGACCUGGACUCGCUUCAGUCCACCUCACCGGAGUCCUCUUCCCUUGACUCCAUGUGCUCCUCGCCGGAGAUGUGCUACUCCAGCGGGCAUCAUGAGAUGAAGGACUUGUCUUUUGGCUUCACAGGACGCAGGGAGACUCCAACAUCAGCGCAGAGGCUGAGCAAGCCCAAGAUGUCCACGAAAAGACGCAUGAAGGCCAGCGAGAGGGAGAAGAUGCGGAUGAGGAGCCUUGCAGAGGCUCUGCACCAGCUCCGUGACUACCUGCCGCCGGACUACAGCAAGAGGAGCCAGCCCCUGACCAAGAUACAAACCCUCAAAUACACUAUUGAAUACAUCAACAAACUUUCAGACAUUCUGAACCGUGCGUAACGGACACCGAUUGACCUUGUGAGGGUUCCUCACAUCUGGACAUACAUUCAGUGGAGCUGGUUCUAAAUAUUUGAUAAGGAACAUCUUUUAACAUAACUUAAUCAUCUCAUUUAAUAUUUCUCCUGUUUGCCCUACUCUUGGUGUAUAUAUUGAUUAGCGGGCACUUGGCAAUUACUUUGUAUAUGAG